CCAUGCUUAUAUCUCAUGCCAGUCACAAUUCAGGAAUUGCAGUAAGUUUUUAUACAUCGUUUAAUUGUCGAGAAAUAAUUUCUUCGUUGAAAAAAUACGCACAUUAAUAACAAUAAACCAAUCAUUAUAUUUAACUUGAAGAUUUUCAAUUCGAUUAGCGCAUCCUAAGCGAAAACUAAGAAAUACAUACACGCGUUACGAAGCGGAGCUGUCACCAUAGCACUGUAAACAGAACGAGAUUGUAUUGUAUGAUUACUCGACACUUAAAAUGUCCGUGACUGAAGAAAGAAUUCAAGAAUUAAACAGACGAUUUCUGGAAUUUAUGAGUAAAAGCGAGAAUGUGGAAGGUGCGACUAAAGAAAUUUAUGACGACCUCUUGGAUGAAGUUCUAAUGGGAUUUGUUUUCGAUGUACAUCGAACUACAAAAACUGGUAGUUCUGAUGUCGAAGAAGGCAUACCUGAUGAUGAAUCUUAUGCUAUUGUAGAUUCUCCAGGAUUGGAUGUUUUUGGACAACAUCCUGUCAAAAAAUCUCAAGAAUGCAAUUGUCCAAAUUGUGAUAGAGGAGUCGCAGCUUGUCGUUUUGCAACUCAUUUAGAGAAAUGUAUGGGCAUGGGACGAAAUAGUUCAAGAAUUGCAUCAAGACGCAUAGCAAAUAAUUCAAAAGAUCUCAGUAACUUCAGUGGUGUUAUAAGCGAUGAUGAUGAUGAUGUUGAUUGGAGCUUAAAUAAUGAUAAGCGUAAACGUAGGAAAGAUCGUAAUGGUAUAAAAAGAACAAAGCAACAAAAAAGUAGUCAAAGGAAUGGUGAAACUGUAGGUGAACAUAUUCAUAGCAGUAAUGAGAAUUCUCCAUCAAAUUAUGAAAAUAUGUCUUUGGAAGAUAAAAGGAUUUUAUUAACACAAAUUUGUGGAGUAAUAUCAGAGCAUACAAAAAAGUUAUGUACAAGAUCUAUGCGGUGUCCACAACAUACAGAAGAUCAAAGGAAAGAAAUGAGAGCAAAUUUGGAAUCUGGAAACAAUAUACAACCUAGUCAAGAUAAUCUUCAUGUAGAUGUAGAUACUUACGAAGAAGGAGAUGGACAAAAUUUAAGGGAAGCAUUAGCGCGUUGGGAUCGUGAGGGAUCAAGUCACUCGAGUCCAGCGGAUUCUACAUCUACCACAUCUACAUCUUCAAUAAGUAGAAAACGAGAAACAAAAUCAAAAGGAAAAGGCAAAGGUUCCAAACGCGAUCGCGGCUCGCCCAUUUCACAAGGAGAUUAAAAUUAGUUUGUUUAAUUCAUUUUUCAAUUUAAUGAAUUUUCUGACAGGGAAAGUUAUGUAACAAUAAUGUUCCUAUGCUUUGUAUAAAGCUUUAAGAAUAUAUUAUGCAUCACAAAAAUAUCUAUUAAUUCUAUUAAAUGUUUGUUAGAUUUCAAAAACUUGUAAUUUAAAUACGUGCAUACGUGCAUAAUUUGUAACCAAUACAUAUGCAUAUAAUAUAAUGCUUCAAUUUUGUUAAAUGUUUCGUUAUUUUGAUACCAGGGGGCGCCACGUUUGAAAUAUCUGGAAUGUGAGUUGUAUUACCUAUAUUACUACUUAAUUCAUGGUUAUAGGUACUGACGUACGCUAUUUUUCAUUAAGAAUUACUCAAUUGACGCCAAGCUACUGUAAGUGUUUCAGUAGAACAAUAAACAAUUUUAAGUUGCGUUACAAAAUAAAUAUGUUAAAUAUUCAGUUAAGUACCGCUUCUGGAAUGAAGCAGAUUCUUACUACCAAUACUCCUUUGAAAAUUUAUGAACUACAUGAGCAAAUCAAAGGAUUAGCAGAAAACUUUUACAUCAUAUAUAAUGGGAGACUCGUGGAUGAAAAUGUCACUUGCUAUGAUGGUUAUAUUUCUAUUAUACCGCGAUUGUUUGGCGGGAAAGGAGGAUUUGGUUCCAUGCUACGAGCAAUUGGAG